ACCAUUAAUAUCUCUCCUUUCGUAUCUACCUUUCCAUGGGGAAGCAUCAAACACACAAAAUCAAUAAUGGGAGCACUAACAAUAACCUUAAUGCAACUAACACCGUGACCACCAAGGUGAAACGAACAAGGAGAAGUGUCCCUAGAGAUUCUCCACCUCAACGUAGCUCAAUAUAUAGAGGAGUCACUAGGCACCGAUGGACAGGCCGAUAUGAAGCUCAUUUGUGGGACAAGCAUUGCUGGAAUGAGUCACAGAACAAGAAAGGACGACAAGUCUACCUCGGUGCUUAUGACGAUGAAGAAGCCGCAGCACAUGCUUAUGAUCUAGCAGCAUUGAAGUACUGGGGUCAAGAUACCAUUCUUAAUUUUCCGUUGGCGACCUACCAGAAUGAUCUGAAAGAAAUGGAGGGUCAAUCCAGGGAGGAGUACAUUGGAUCACUAAGGAGGAAAAGCAGCGGAUUUUCCCGUGGAGUUUCUAAAUACAGAGGUGUUGCAAGACACCAUCACAACGGAAGGUGGGAGGCUCGUAUUGGCAGGGUUUUCGGCAACAAAUAUCUUUACCUCGGAACUUAUGCGACCCAAGAAGAAGCUGCCACAGCAUAUGACAUGGCAGCAAUUGAAUAUCGAGGACUGAACGCCGUCACAAAUUUCGACCUAAGCCGCUACAUCAAGUGGCUUAAGCCCAACAACAAAACCAACAUAAUCAACUCUAAUCUCAUUGACCCUGUGCCUAAUAUUGAGAACGACUUCACCCCAAAACCUAAUCAAGAAAAAGGGUUGAAUUUUUUCCGCAGCCAAGAGCCAUUGAGCAAUGAAGAAGGGACACUGACACUGACUCAGCCUCGGCCAGCUGCUGCCACGUCAGCCCUAGGGCUGUUGCUUCAGUCUGCCAAGUUUAAGGAGAUGAUGGAGAUGACAUCCGCCGCGGAUUUGUCGGCACCGCCGCCGGACUCUGAGCUGCCGCCGUGCACGUUUCCCGAUGACAUUCAAACGUACUUCGAGUGUGAAGAUUCCAAUAGAUAUGGAGAAGGGGAUGAUAUCAUGUUCAGUGACCUAAACAGGUUUAUGCCCCCUAUGUUCCAUUGUGAUGACUUUGAGGCUUGAAGGUCUAGGGGUUCUAAUUCACGUACCCGGAAACAAAAUAUUGAUGGGAGUUGCUUCUUAAUUUAUUAUUUCAUUUUUAACUUAGGCUUAUUUCUCAGUUUGUGAAUAUGGAACAUUAAUUUGUUGGCAGCAAGACAUUGAUCAGAAAAUAAACAAGAAGAUUGAAUUAUUAGGGAAACUGAUCUUGGAUUAGUAAUCAUGGUGAAAGGAGGAUGUCAAGUAGUUUAUUUGUUGUAGUUGUAAAGAGAAUAAGCAUCUCAAGAAAAAGCAAGACAAAAGGUGCAAAAU